UUAGUCCAGGGCCGAAUUUUAACCCCAGUCCAGCCCUGGCCGCACGUCCGCCGCUCGCAGUCACAGCUCUGGGUCAAACCGGUUCCGGUACAGCGUGUUCUUCCCUCUCGGACAGAGACGCAGAACGUGCCCACACUGUGUCCGCGAGCUGACAUAGCGUACUGUAUAUCAGACUGUUUUAAUCUGUGUCCGUUAAGUUAUUUGUUUUAUAAUUUGCUAGUGAACUCGACCGCCUGGUUCUGCAUGUUUCAUAGAGACUCAUAGCGACCAGACGGCGAGCAGCUGCUGCUGAACUCCCAUGAACUGAUCUCACAGCCUGUGCAGCCAGGCCCAGAUUGUGAACUGUGGAACGAGGUGUAAACUCUGGGGAGUUUUUGCUUUGUCUCCCCAUGACAACGUGUCACCAUGAUGACUGUGGCUCCAACAGUGAUGCCGAGCGAUGCACCUCUGAUGAUGAGGAUGCCGAGCUCGCUGAUAUUGGGCCGCUGCUGACAAAUACAGCUGAAGCUGAGAAAUCAAGAGGUGCAUCAGCAUUUCCUGAUGAGGAUGAGAAUAAGGAUGAGGAUGAGAAUGAGGAUGAAAGAGGUUUGCGGGUGGCUACACUGCCCAUGCAGGCACACCAUGCCAUGGAGAAGAUGGAGGAGUUUGUACACAAGGUAUGGGAAGGAUGUUGGCGAGUUAUUCCAUACCAUCUUCUCCCCGACUGGCUAAAGGACAAUGAUUACCUGCUGCAUGGACACCGCCCACCCAUGCCGUCCUUCCGUGCCUGUUUUGGGAGCAUCUUCAGGAUUCACACAGAAACUGGAAACAUCUGGACGCACCUGCUGGGCUUAAUUCUGUUUCUGUUCUUGGGUACUCUGACAAUGCUGCGGCCAAACGUGUCUUUCAUGGCACCCGUGCAGGAGAAGGUGGUGUUUGGGGUGUUCUUCCUGGGUGCAGUUCUUUGUUUGUGCUUCUCCUGGCUUUUUCACACUGUCUACUGCCACUCGGAAAAGGUCUCCAGGACAUUCUCCAAGUUGGAUUACUCUGGUAUCACGUUUUUGAUCAUGGGCUCAUUCGUUCCGUGGCUGUACUACUCGUUUUACUGCUCUCCUCAGCCGCGGCUCAUUUAUCUCUCUGUUGUAUGUGUGCUGGGUGUCGCUGCUAUCAUUGUGGCCCAGUGGGACCGAUUCGCCACCCCUGGCCACCGGUCCACACGUGCAGGAGUUUUCCUGGGCCUUGGUCUGAGUGGGCUCAUUCCCACAAUGCAUUUUACCAUCGUAGAGGGUUUUGUGAAGGCAAUGACAGUGGGUCAGAUGGGCUGGUUCUAUCUGAUGGGUGCAAUGUACAUUAGUGGAGCAGCACUUUAUGCAGCACGGAUACCUGAACGCUACUUCCCUGGGAAAUGUGACAUCUGGUUUCAGUCGCAUCAGAUAUUCCAUGUGCUGGUUGUCGCAGCAGCGUUUGUCCAUUUUUAUGGGAUCUCAAACCUGCAGGAGUUCCGCUACGGCCUGGAAGGAGGCUGCACAGAUGAUACUCUGCUGUAAAGAAAAAUAAAUCAAUCUGGCCAGUGCUUGCUCACUUCACAAUGAACCCAGACCUGACACAAUGCUGAUUUAAUCAUUUUUAUUGUCUCUUGAAGGAUUUUAACAUUUAUUUAAAUAAGAUGUUUAUUUGUUAAGAUACUGAUAAAUGAGGUAGUCUUGUGUUUAUAUUGUUCUUCACUAUUUCAAUGCAGCAUAGAAUUUAUUGUAAAACACUGGAAUAAAUCAUAAAGCAUAACAGAGGUCUUGAGAGGCACUACCUCCUCCAACACUCUUUCUUCUGACCAAGGUGUCCGCAGGUCAUUAAAAAGUCUUAAAUAACGGUUUCCUAAUUAAAGGCCUUAAAAAGUUUUAAAAUGUCCUAAAUUCAGUUUCGAUGGGUCUUAAAUAUUUUUGGUCACAUUACCGCUAAAAUAUCUUCAGUCUGACAGGCCUAAUGACUGUUUACAACCAUUGGACUAACAGAAGAUUUUACAAUAAUUACACGUAAAUAAUUACACACAGUUUAAAAAAUAGGCCUUUAUAAAGGCAAAUAAAAAUAUGCAGAUUUAAGUAUGUAAAAGCUUAUAGAACACUGAUGAAAAUAUUGCUUCAGAAUAAUUGUGUACCCCACCAAAAAUCUCGGUGAUGUGGUAGUUUUGUGGGGAUAUUUUGUGUGGAAUAUUGUCUGCUGAUAUGAAAAGUUCACUGUAUAUCGUAGAAUUAAAUAUUUAUGAGAGCGAUUGAUUAUUUAUUUAUUUUUUUGUACAUUUAACACAUUAAAUAUUACAUAUAUGUGUGUAAAGUAAUGUGUAUUUCCAUUACAGGUUUAGGUCUUAAAUUUCAUAUAAGGUGGUAUUAAAAAGAUCUUAAAAAGUCUUACAUUUCACUUGUUCAUAUCUGUAUUAUUGCAGAAACCCUGUCUGACUGAUCUGUUGGUUUAUGGUUCUGUACUUUGUAAGAAUUUAAGGGAAAACACAUGAACAUGCUUAGGUCUCAGUUCUCUCAAACAUGUUUGCAUGAUCAUUCCUUAACUUUUGAUCUGAAAUGCUUAACCUAGUGCUUCAGCAAUGGGUUUCACGGCGGGACACAAUUGUAUCUUUUGUUUGAGUGAAUAAGGGUUUCAGUCAAAAAUACCUGAACUAGUUUUAGAAGUCAAGAUAUUUAAAAAGAGCAAAAUAAAGAUGAAACAUCAAGAA